GUCCGCAAAAUAAGUCCGCAGAAAAAGCACCCUUUUCUUCAGUAGUACCAAAUUCGAUCACCAAAAAUGUUUGACCCUCCCCUAUGGUUUUUAACCAUUUCGAGCCCAAAGUUGCUUCCGCGAACUAAUUCUUAUGCCAUUCGGCUACCUCAUCGAGAUCUUACCCUUUGAUUGACAUAUUGAUUGUCUAAAUCUAAAAUAGCCCUGAAAGUGCAAUUAGGCCUAGCUAUUUUUUAAUCAUCAUAUGUAUACCUAUUUAAUUUGAUUUUUCCUUAUAACUCUUAAAAACAAUAUUUUUAGCAUUUUUGGUACAAAAUGCCGCCAAAAAUUAAACGUACUUACAGCAGAUGCAAAAAAACAACUAAUGAACAAUUUGUACAAACUGAAGAUGAUGCUUUACUAAAAUUAUCAAAUCAACUUUUAAAUGAUUUACAAAAACAUGGGACAGAUCCAAAGGAGCAGACUCCAGAAGAAUCAAUACGACGUCAAAUAAUUCUGUCUUCACACGUCAAAAAAUUAAGUAAAGAAAAUUUUGAACUGAAAGAUCGACUUGGAAAAAUGAAUUUGAAAUUUUCUUUAAUUUUGGACAAACUUCGAAUUUACAAAACUGAAAAUGACGCUAAUAAAACGAAUUUAUUGGAUAAUUUGACUGCUUUGAAUUUAGACCAAAAUAAUGCGAAAAAACAAUUAAAUGAACAAAUUAAAAAGUAUUAUGCUCACUUUGAAACAGAACAACAAAAAUCGCUUAAUAAAAUUAAAGCAAAGGAGGCUAAAUUAACAAAGCUUAAGACAGAAAAAGACGAAAUUAAUUUCCAACUCCAAAAUGUUCUGAACGCGUUCCAAGUUCAAAGUCGACUUUUAGAAGUAGCCAGAAAGGAGGCUUUUAAUGCUAGAGAAGAAAGUAAAGAAACUGAACAAAAAUUACAGGACAAGCUUUAUUUGACAACAAAUCAGAGAUGUGCAAACUGUGAGAUUAAACAAAGAGUACAAAAUAAUUUAACUGACCAAAUUGCUGAUUUGAAGAAUAAAAUUGCAAUGAAAGAACAAGAACUUGAAGAAAGAGCAAGAAUUAAUGUAAUAUUUGCUGAAAAAGUAAAAAAAGACAAAGAAGAAUUUAAUAAAAAAGAAUUAUUGGCAAAGAAAGAAUUGGAAAAAGCAAAUAAUUUAAAAAGAGCUUAUUGUGACAAAUUGAGAGAAUAUCAAAAAGCAUUGGAAAAUGAAAGGAAUGGAAGGGCUUCUUCUAUUUCGUGUCAAUCUUUGCCUGAAUCGAGUGCUUUGACUCCUCCUGAAGAGGUUGAUAGAUCUCCUUCAAUAAAUAUUAACAACAAUUCUGAAAUUAAUAAAUCUGCAACUAAAAAUAAUUCUCCAACUAAACAAACUCAAAAAGACAAUUCUGCUGUUCCUCCGCCAGAAAAAAUAAGAAAAACAACAUUUGAAGUUGCUAGGGGUUGGAAGGCUGUUUUGGAUUUGGCUGAUUCUUUAGAUGGUAGCAAUCGACAAAUGAAUCAACCACAACCUAAAAUGCCAGGUACAACAACAACAAUUCCUCGUAUGCCUGCUAAACCAAUUUCUUCUUUGGCACCAAAACAAAAAACUAAAGCAAAAAAGCAACAACAAAAACAAAUAAAUUUACAUCAACUACAACAAACAAAUCAACAAAAUAUGAGAUUAUUUAAUGGAAAUAAUUCUUUACAAAGAAACCCUUCUGAUAUUCAAUCUUCAAGCAAUACUUGGAGAAGUUCUGGAAUUAGAGUACAUGAAAACUUUCAUUCUCACAAUCAAUCUAAUAAAGAGAUGAUAAAUCGUUCUUUGCAAAAUGAAUCAAUGCUUCGACAAAAAGCUGCCCAACAAACACGUCAACAACCAGUUCCUAUUAAUCGAUUAGCUAUGAAUCAACAACCGGGGACUUCCAAUCGACAACAAGACAACUUUACUGUUAAUCGUGACCUUUUACCUUGGCAUGGAACAAUAAUAAAGCAACAACAACCAACUCCAGACUCUACACCAUCAUUAUAUAGGUCAUUUUGGUGA